AUGACGAAUCUCAAUUCUCAAGUUGGAGUACUGAGGAGAGGCGUCAUCAACACCCUAAUCGCCUUCUCUGUCAUUGUCAGCUUUAUCAUCUUGUUCUACAAAGGCCAGGAAAUACAUGUGACAAUCGGGUGCACCUUCAUGUUCCCCGAGGUUGCUUGUGACAAAUAUGGCAGGAAGGAUGUCAUGUACCAGCAGUGGAGAUGGCAGCCUCAUGGAUGCGACCUUCCAAGAUUUGAUGCCAUCAGGCUACUUGAAAAGCUGAGGAACAACAGGUACCUUCCUAUUGAGGAGCUUCUUUAUCUUCCUAUUUUUUGCCACCUUGAUGGAUAUGUCAACAAGUACUCCAUCAAGGCCCGCAAUAUUAUCGUCCAUCACCUCCUCCAUCAAGUCGCCACAGAGUCGACUGAUAGUGGAAAGGAAUACAAUGCAACCAUAGACUUCUACUGGUCACCACUGCUGUUGGAGUCCAAUGGCGACAGCCCUACCAUCCACUGGUUGGAGUACAAGAUCAUAUGGGCAGACAGGAUUGAGAAGCAUGCUAGCGCUUGGAGAGAUGCUGACAUCAUAAUCUUUAAUUCUUAUGUGUGGUGGAGGAAGCAUAAGGCUGACAUGAGGAUGAAGGUUAUGUAUGGUUCAUUUGAGGAUGGUGAUGCAAGGUUAAACACAGUGGAAAUGAUAUAUGGUUUCGAGAUAGCUCUCAAGAAACUGACUGAAUGGCUUGGAGAGAAUAUUGACAAGAACAAGACUAGAAUCUUCUUUGCAGGAUCAUACCUACACAUUCAUGGUGAGUGA